AUGACUAAUUUGCGUAAGAGUAUUUGUGGCAUUGGAAACGUGUGUGAAUCUGUGAUACUUGCCAUGAGAGAUUGCAAAAAGGUGAAUCAGAUUUGGGAGGAACUAAUCCCAAAUUGUAUUCGACACAAUUUUUUGGCAAGUGAUUUACAGGAUUGGAUAAAGGUCAACGUUAUAGUGCAUGGAACUCAUGAUAAUUGGAGCAGCUUGUGGGCGGUUGGCUACCAUGUAAUUUGGUCUUGGAGAAAUCAAGAAGUUCACAAUGAUGUGUUUGUGAGACCUCUCAACACUUGCGAAAUCAUUGUAGGACGCAUGAAAGAUUAUAUUGCUGCUACAAUAGUUCACAAUUCAGUCAUGGGCAGAGACCAUUCCAAAAUUUAUAGGAAAGUUAUUGAUGCUAUUGAGAAUAGCGAUUCUAAUGAUUACUCGGAGAUGACGUUGAUUAGGAAAAUCAGGUUACUUAUGGUGAAACAUGAUGAGGUGAUUUUAGAUCAUACGUUUCAAGAAGCAAAUUAUGCGGCUGAUGAGCUUGCUAAAGCAAAGAUGAAUAUGAAAACCGGUUUUUUUCUCGUUGAUGAGAUUCCCUAUUGGAUAAAGAAUCAGAUUCAAGAAUACUCGAGGGGUCGUUCUACUGUUAGAGUGGUUGAGUUGUAG